AUGAGCCUGCGUCUUUCUGGUCUACUCCUCUUCCUGGUGGUCGCAUUACCUUCAGGGAGUGGCUUGUAUGGGAACCAAGGCGUGAAAGUUCGCACCUGCACGAAGCUCGAGGGCGUGUGCUUCUUCGGCUUUAAACCAGGAUGGACCUGGGUCGCGUACUGUCACAACAUAAUGUCCUGUUGCACACAGAAUAAAAUAUUUCUACCUCCCCAGAGCAAACAACCAUGA